UGCGGAAGGGCUAUUCCUGUAUCCUGACCCCUCCCCUCCACAACAACACACCGGGAGUCAGGAAAAGCUUCAUCAGUGGGACCGAAGGCAACAGGCGGACCAGAAUCCGCCCGAGGUCUGAGGAGACGCCGCCGCAGAGAUGGCACAGGCGAAUAUCUCGGUGACGGAGAGCCAGUUCAGGUGUCCCAUCUGCCUGGACAUCCUGAAGGACCCGGUGUCCAUCCCGUGCGGACACACUUACUGCAUGGCGUGCGUUAACAACUACUGGGACCAGGCGGAGUCGGGCCAGUUCAGCUGCCCCCAGUGCCGGGAGACGUUCAGUCCCCGGCCGGUGUUGCGGAGGAACACGGUUCUCGCCGAAGUCGUCGACAAACUCAAGCUGAGCGAGAUAGUCUCGGCGCCGGAACCUUACCUGGUGGGAGUCGGGGAAGUGCCGUGCGACUUCUGCCCGGCGGAGGGCAAGCUGAGGGCGGUCAAGUCGUGCCUGGUCUGCCUGGCGUCCUUCUGCGAGCUCCACGUCCUGCCGCACCGAGAGGUCGGGACGCUGCGGCGCCACAAGCUGGUAGCCGCGGUGGAGUGUCUGCCGGAGCGGCUAUGCGCUCAGCACCGCCUGGGUCUGGAGCCCGCCGGGAGCGGUACCGAAGCGGAGGCCGCGGUGGAGUGGAGCGGGGACUGCCUGCUGUGCGAGGCGGACCAGGAGGAGGUGCACAACGUGGACGCACAGAGAGCCAGGAGACAGCUCCAGCUCCAGGAGUCUCAGAGAAUGUUUCAGGGGAAAAUUCGGAUUGGAGAGAGAGAGAUAGAGGAAUUUCAACAAAGCCUAGAGUCCUUCAAGGUGUCAGCGUCGGCUGUUCUCGAGGACAGUGAAGCUCUGUUUGCAGACAUGGCGCUCCGCCUGGAGAAAACCAAGACAGAGGUUCGAGCGAGGCUGGAGGCGAAGGAGCGAGCGGUGGUGGGGAGGGCCGAACGCGACAUAGAGAUGCUGGAGAAAGAUUUGGAGGAGCUGAGGAAGAGAGACGAAGAGAUCAGUCAGCUGCUGCAAACCGAAGACAACAUGCAUUUCUUACAGGCGGCUCCGCUGCUGUGCAUCCCUCUCGCCACCGGUCAGCACUCCAGAGCCCUCAGCCUGCCCACAGAGGCCUUCAGCGGCGCCAGGAGAGCGCUGUGCCACUUCCGCAGCCGAAUGGAGGAAACAUGCAGGGAGGAGGUGGACAAGAUCAGCCGAGCAGUUAAUGAGAAUUAUGUGUCAGGUGGAGAGUGUGUAAAAGGUGGCAGAAAUCUGAGUGUGGAGAACGCCAAACCUCAGCAAAUGCAACCAACAGCAGGGCAACAUGCCACUAGGGCAGUGCCGGUGUCAUUCCCUCUGUCCUCUUUAUCUCUGCAGCCGGCUGAUCAGAGAAUGAGGGCAGCUUUCCUCAGGUUUUCGUGUCGUCUGUCCUUGGACCCUGAUACAGCCCACCCUACUCUGAUUCUCCUGGAGGGGCCCCAGGGUGCCCACUGUGGCGAGGAGCCCCAGGCCUACCCCCCUCACCCGCAGCGCUUUGAUUCAGUGGCCCAGGUCCUGUGCAGGGAGGGCCAGUUUGGUGGUGCCAGCUACUGGGAGGUGGAGUGGAGGGGCGGGGGAUGGAUCGACAUCGGUGUCACCUAUCGAGGUAUUGGACGCAAAGGUGGUGGAAAGCCUUGCCUGCUUGGGCGCAACGAGAAUUCCUGGAGGCUGAGGUGCACGCACGCUGGAUACGCCGCCUGGCACGACAACCGCAAGACCACGGUGGCGGCGCCGCCAUGCCCCAGGAUUGGCGUGUUCCUGGAACGCCAGAAAGGAGCGUUGUCCUUCUACAGUGUGUCGGACACAGUGGUCCUCCUGCACACGUUUCGUUGCCUGUUCUCUCAGCCACUGUACCCGGCCUUCCGCCUGGACCUGGACUCCACCCUGCUCAUCUGCCCCCAUGAGGGAGGCAACGGAAACCCAGCCUAACCUUCCCUCCCUCCACAUCCUGGACCCCUCAUUUAACUGCUGCAGGAAAGGGCUCUUCACUCUGCGAAUGGGUAUGAACAUUUAAAAUAAAAGUUUUUGGUGGUGUAGGUACAUUUAGGGGAAAUGUUUCGUAUCAGAGGGUGAAUUUUUUUUUUAUUUAAUUCCCUAAAAAUGACAGGCUGAAUAUUUAAUACCUGUGACUACUUGAAUACCCACAGCGAGAGAUUUUUCUGUAUCAGUCUCACUGCCAUGUGACAUGGGAAACCUCAUUACCGGCAAAAGUGACCUCAGCUUCAGAUUUAGACAAAUUUAAUGCCAUAUUGUAGUGGAUCUUUUGCUUUGGGUAACGUCGGUCAUGUUCUUUGAGGCCAUAUGAGGUCUUUGUCUUUUAUGUGGGUGCGUUUUUGUGUACAACACAUUGCAGGUCUGUGUUUAAAGUAGAAUACCAUGAACCAUAGAAAUAGUCUGAUAUUUGGAAAAUAUGCUUAUUCACUUUCCUGGCGAGAGUUAGAUGUGAAGAUUGAUGCCACUGUCAUGCCUGUACAGUGAAUAAGCUACUGCCAGCAGUCGGUUAGCUUAGCUUAGCACAAAGACUGGAAGCAAAGGGAAUAAGCUAGCCUGACUCUGUCCAAAGAUAACAAAACUACAACUUCUUGUUUUUACACUUUAGCUUCAACAGCAGUUAGUGUUACUAUGGUGGCUUCAUAUUUACUGUGCCAUCAUGAGAGUGGUGUAGAUCUAAGUAAUCUAAGAAAGGAAAGCAAAUAACUUAUCCUAAAAUAUCAAAAUAUUCCUUUCAGGCUACAUUCAUAUUUAUGAUAAUGUGAUUUUUUUUUUUGUUUUAAUCAUAUCUAUGUCAGUAUAUAACCCAUAUUUAUUAACAAUAUAUUAUUACAUAUUCUAGAGUGAUGUUUGAAAUGGCACAUGUACACAGCAUCAUUUUCAUUGCUGUCUCUGCUAUGCUAACGCUGGUUCAGGCACACCACUGAAGCCACUACCAGCUGGCAAUACCUUUGUGACCUGGAUGAUUUAAAAUAUACUUACUGUCAUUGCAACACUGGUGAAUUAUGUUGGAGUUGGGGGGGAAAUAUCAGAGACAUUGUACUUUGCAUGCUUCCAAAUCCAGUCGUGUUAUAUCUCAUAUGCAAUCAUAUCUACUCAAGUCCAGUCUUGUUAUUACCUCAUAUCCAUUCAAUCAGGAUCAGGUUUGAAAAUAAUGUGGCUGAAUGUGAAAGAGAGAGAACGUUAAUGUGAGGAAACAUAUCAGAAGAAGAAUGUGAACGCUUUAAGUCGCUGGUGUUUCCACUGACCCCUGCUUCCACCUGGAAACAGUUUGACUGUAGCACUAACACGGACAAGGAUGCACUCACAACGCUCAAAGUGAGUGACCUCGUCCUCUGUCUGGAUGGACGAAUACUCUACCUACAGCUUUUCUUGGAUUGUGGCAUCAUUUUUCAUUGAAGCUUUCUUUUUGAAUGGUGCUAAUCCAGAGGGGUGCGAUCAUUUGACCGAGCACUGUGUGAGGCCGGUAUGUCAGCAAUUAUAAAUUCAGAGACACAGAAAGGUUACAUAUUUAUGAUCUAUCAACUUUAUAUGUAUUUAUCAAAGGCAUGUUCAGAAAUAUGCAAGCUCCAUUAAAAUAACACUAACAGAAAACUUAUUUAUACCGUGUUGCAGCAGUGCAGCACAUGAACUCGGGAGAACAAGCAGGUCUAGAAAAUUCUAUUUCUGAAUGUGCCAGUUUAUCUGUCAGGUCAGUCCAAAGUAAGGAACAUGUUUUGUUUUUUUCUUUUAUUUGUCCACAAAGUGCAUUAUUCCACAAGCUGUUUGACUGUAACAUGAACUGAGCUGUAAAAUUUUAUCUCCUUGUAGCAUUUUCACUUCCUGUUUACACACUGUGCUUCAGCUAUUGUUCUUUAAUGUGACUGUGAAAUAUGGUGUAUUUGUUGCUCUUUCCCAGAUGACCAUCGUACCGUAGCUUGUGAUAAACUGAUCCAGGUCUGAA